AUGGAGUUGACACAGCCGGCAGACAUCAACACCUGGCACGCGAAGAUCGCGCUUAAGAUCGCCAAGAAGCUCAGGUCCGACAAGCAAUACACCCAGGCUGCCAUUGACAAGAAGGAUAAGAAGGAAUCCGCGAAGCUCCAGAAGAGAAAUCGAAGACCGGCCACAGCGGCUCCAGCUGUAGAGGCCAAUGAGUUGGGAGAGCGCAUUGACUAUGGACCUUCAUUCAGCGAUGCUACUACGCUCGCCUCUUCCAGGAAGUACUCAAAGACUGAAAAAGACCAUGGCGAUAUGAUGCAUCGACUGGCCCAUCAUGACUCUUUUGACUCCCUUCUCGAUAAGCCAUAUAUGAAAGAACAGCUGCGGGACCCGUACUUCUCUUCGACGGAUCCUCAGAAAAUGGUGGAAAGACCUCGCUCAGAGAAAGACGAAGCCAGAAUAGCGUCACUGCCAGACGAGCUGUGGGAGCGAAUUGCCAGUUUCAUGGAGCCCGUUGAUGCCGCGAAUUUGGCCUACUCCACCAAAACACUCUACAAGAAGCUCCUCGGAUUCUCCCCCUUCGCCGCCCUCGAUGAGCCAGACAACAAACAUCACAAGAUUGCCUUCCUCCAUCAAUUCGACCACAAACAUCCCAGACAUCUACUCUGUUUCCCCUGUGGCAAAUAUCACCGACGCCUGACACCCGGCAAAGAGGCCCUCAAGAUCGAAUUCUUCAAGUUCCCAGUUUUCGACUGCCCCAACGUCAAGAACUCCGUGCUUCCACGCAUGCGCAUCACCCAUGGCCGCUACCUACCGUACUACUUCGUCCAACUCGCCCUCCGCGCAUCUCGCCACCACCCAAGCUACGGAAUCGACCACACGACUCUCGCCAGGCGCUGGAAAUGCAAAGACAGCGACUGGAAACACCGCUCCCGCUUCCUUGUCCACGACGACCGCCUUCUCAUGCGCGUCGUCUCUCAAGUCUACACCCCACCCGCCAAAGACCUCACCGAAACCGCCGAACGCCACAUCCUCUACGACCGCGAAGAAUACACGCCCUUCUUCUCCGUCUGCGCGCACUGGAAGGACGGCGAUUUGAUGAAAAUCUGCAAAUGCAUGAUGUCCCAUGUCCCCGCUCCCCCGGAUCCAUACCAUAAACAGAUUCAGCGAAGCUUCAAAUUAUCCGCCUCCGCCGCACGUCCAGACUUCAUCGUGCGCGGCUGCGAUGAGUGCCGCCCUGCGAGGCGAUGCCCCGAGUGUCCGACAGAGUACCUGGUCGAAGUGCAGAUGAUCGAAGACACAAACGACAAAGUCAACCCCUUCAAACAUGCCCUAGUCGUCACGAGAUGGAGCGAUCUAGGCGAUGGGAGUAGUCCGUAUACCUCUCCCGAAUGGGCUGCGAUCCACGGCGUCAAUGCCGCUGGAUAUGACAGUUUCAGUAAUGUGGGCAGGAGAGCUGUAGGAGGGAUCUUUGAGUCGCAGGUCAGCGGCGCGAUUCCGGGGCAGAGGUUGAUUAGUUUGAACCCGAGCAAUAAGAAGUCGGGCGAUGAUGGACAUGGUUGGUAUUAA